CAUGCAACAAUUUCAGCGUUACUAUAAGUCAGGAACAUGUACAAUACAAAAUAGGUUCCCUCAAGGAGUUACCUCAACCAAUACCAUCAGCCAUAAAUAUUCAUUCUCUAGACCAAAAUCAAAAGCUGAGGCCAAACAAGUCGCUGCAAAGAAACAUAGUGAGGCAGAGAGGAGACGUAGGAUGCGUAUCAAUGGUCAAUAUGCCACUCUGCGUGAUAUCCUCCCGAACUUAGUCAAAAUGGACAAGGCGACCGUGCUUGCAGAGACAGUUCGGCAAGUGAGGGAGUUGAGGAAGACUGUUUCGGAUUUGGAAGGAGUUUGUGGUGGUAGCAGUAAGGAUUGUGUGUUCCCUGGAGGGGCUGACAAGUUGAGUUUGGAAAACGGUGAUGGUGACGAUGACAAGGGGCUGGUCAAGGUCACAUUUAGCUGUGAGGAUAGGCCAGGGUUGAUAUCAGCCGUGGCAAGGACACUGAGGUCUAUGAAAGGGAGGGUGGUGAAGUUUGAGAUGGUAACACUGGGUGGAAGGACUAAAAGUGUGUUGUGGGUUCAAGGUCUGAGUGGUGGCAAUGAAGGGAUUGGAAUGCUAAGAAGAGCUUUGAAGGUAGUCAUUGACAGGCCCAAUUUGCCAGGGAUUAGCAAGAGGUCACGGCUCACUUGAUGAUUAUAAGUUUUUUUGGGUCUAAUGGAUAAUUUAUAAGAUGGGAUGCAGAGGUAAAUUGUGUGGAAUCAGGGAGGGGGGAUUGUAGGUAUAGGGGAUUCGGACAUGGUAGCUAGCUAGGAUUUCAUUAGGAGGCAUUAUAAUAUAAUGUAUAUCUGGUUUGACAUGGUUAACUUACUUUACCUACUUACCUUCGGUUAUAGGAAAACACCUUUAGAUUAUACAUGA